AUGGCAAAGCUUUAUCGUUUUUUCGCUAUUUUUUCCAUGAGUCGAGCAAGAGGCGAUUUUGGUUUCGCUGCAUCUUUUGAUGGAAGUCCCGAGAGCUUUACGGAAUCUGCAAUUAUCGACGAAAAUGCUCUUGGACUGAGCGAUAGAGUUUCUUUUCCAGAUUUUAUUCUAGAAGAUUCUACGAUCGCGUCAAUCUUCGAUUUUGAGAGUCCCGAUUCCGGGGGAUUUUCCGAUGCUGGAGUGAGAGGAUCACUUGCUGGUUCCGUUGGACUCUCGAAUAAGAUUCCCGAGAAGGUCAUCCCCGCCAAGGAAAAACCUGAGAAAAAGGUUCCGAAUAAAGUGACUCCAACGAAAGUUGUUCCUGAAAAAGACAACCCGGUAGCGAGUAGCGAGAAACCAAUUUUCGCGAUUCCAACUAUCGAUGAACUCUGGGUGAGUUCUCCGGCUCCUACAUCAACUUCUUCAUCAUCAACGACGAGAUUACAAUCAACAACAACUGGAGGCACAACUAGAAUGCUUACACUUUCAAAGUCUCAAAAGUCAUCAAUGCCUCCAACAACAAAGAUGCCAUCGUCCUUCACUCAACUAACUGUUGCUGAAGAGAAUGACUCCGUUGAAAAAAUAAAUCCUGAGACAACUGAAUUUUCGACUUCGAUAAUUGUUGAUCUGAAAAUUGAGUGGAACGCUGAUCUUGCUGACAAAGAAUCAGAAGCAUUUAUAAAAGAAAAAGCUCAGAUUUUGAAGGCCUUCGAGAUCAGCGGCCGACGAGCCCGCGCUCAUUUGUUUAUUUCUGGCACCAUGAAUAACAGCUCACUUGAUCUGGAAAAGGUGGAAGAAUAUGCGAGGCAAGUCAUUUCAACAAGAGCCGAUUAUUUCGACGAGCUCACUGCCGCUGGAAGAACAUUUCGUUUCUCACCGGCCAUGUCCAUGGCUCUCCUGCUCAUUUUAUUUACAUAA